UCGGCCCUCCACUGGAAGGGAUAGAGGCCGAGAAACGCAGACCCUGGUCCUCUUCCAACGAAAACCAAUCGCAAGCCAGAUACAGGCGAGUGACUGUCAAGAAGGCCAAUUAGACCCUCCGGAGGGAACCUGGCCCGGCCUCUUCUCUGAGGGACGGCUCUACCUACCAAUACCAUGGGCGAGAAGUCGGUCCCCUCGCUAAGGAGGAGGCGGGUGAAGCGGAGCUGCCCUUCAUGUGGCCCAGAGCCUGGGGGUGAAGAGAAGAAGAGGAGAGGAAAACCUAUAUCUGUUCAGUUGUUCCCCCCAGAGCUGGUGGACCACAUCAUCUCAUUUCUCCCAGUCAGAGAUGUAGUCUCUCUAGGCCAGACCUGCCACUACUUCCACGAAGUGUGCGACUCUGAGGGCGUGUGGAGACGCAUGUGUCACCGGCUCAGUCCUCGCCUUCGAAAGCAGGGUUCUGGGGUCCGGCCCUGGAAGAGAGCUGCGAUUCUGAACUACACGAAGGGCCUGUAUUUCCAGGCAUUUGGGGGCCGCCGCCGCUGUCUCAGCAAGACUGUAGCCCCCGUGCUGGCCCAUGGCUACCGCCGCUUCUUGCCCACCAAGGACCACAUCUUCAUUCUUGACUACAUGGGGACCCUCUUCUUCCUCAAAAAUGCCCUGGUCUCCUCCACCCUUGGCCAGAUCCAGUGGAAGCGGGCCUGCCGCUAUGUUGUGUUGUGUCGCGGAGCCAAGGAUUUUGCCUCGGACCCGAGAGGUGACACAGUUUACCGUAAAUACCUCUACGUGUUGGCCACUCGGGAGCAGCCGGGAGUGGUGGGCACAACCCACAGCCAGUCCUGUGACUGUGUCGAGGUCUACCUGCAGUCCAACGGGCAGCGGGUCUUCAAGAUGACCUUCCACCACUCCAUGAGCUUCAAACAGAUUGUGCUGGUUGGUCAGGAGACCCAGCGGGCCCUGCUGCUCCUCACAGAGGAAGGAAAGAUCUACUCUUUGGUAGUGAAUGAAACCCAGCUGGACCAGCCACGCUCCUAUACAGUUCAGCUGGCCUUGAGGAAGGUGUCCCGUUGCCUCCCUCACCUGCGUGUGGCCUGCAUGGCUUCCAACCAGAGCAGUACUCUCUACAUUACGGACCAGGGGGGAGUGUAUUUUGAGGUGCAUACCCCAGGGGUGUAUCGUGAUCUCUUUGGGACCCUUCAAGCCUUUGACCCCACGGACCAGCAGAUGCCGCUUGCACUCUCACUGCCUGCCAAGGUCCUAUUCUGUGCUCUUGGCUACAAUCAUCUUGGCCUGGUGGAUGAAUUUGGCCGAAUCUUUAUGCAGGGAAAUAACAGAUAUGGGCAGCUGGGAACCGGGGACAAAAUGGACCGAGGGGAACCCACACAGGUACAUUAUCUGCAGCGCCCCGUCGCCCUGUGGUGUGGCCUCAACCACUCCCUGGUGCUGAGCCAGGGCGCAGACUUCAGCAAGGAGCUGCUGGGCUGUGGAUGUGGGGCCGGAGGCCGCCUGCCAGGCUGGCCUAAGGGAAGUGCCUCCUUCGUUAAGCUCCACAUCAAGGUCCCUUUGUGUGCCUGCUCCCUGUGUUCUACCAGAGAGUGCCUCUACGUGCUGUCCAGCCAUGACAUCGAGCACCAUCCCGCCUACCGGGACCUACCAGCCAGCAGGGUGGCGGGGACCCCCGAGCCCAGCCUGGGGGCCGGAGCAGCCCAGGACCCUGGGGGGGCGGCGGCCCGGGCCUGUGAGCAGUACCUCAGCCAGAUCCACAGUUGCCCCACAUUGCAGGACCGCAUGGAAAAGAUGAAGGAGAUCGUGGGCUGGAUGCCCUUGAUGGCUGCACAGAAGGAUUUCUUCUGGGAGGCCCUGGACAUGCUGCAGAGGGCUGCUGGAGGGGUUGGCCAAGGCCCCCCAACACCUGACAGCUGACCCCCCUCUCCUGGUCUCACCCCUGGAGGGAGGGUCUGGCCCUGGGCCAGGGG